AUGAUCCGGAAUAACCUUCUGUUCGGCAACGACACCAGCAGCUUGACAGGAUCCAUCCAGUCUAAUGGUUUUUCUGUGGAUGAGGCGUCAUCGCAGGUGUCUGGUCUGUCUACACCCAGUGCAAAGUCAAUUUACUUGCAAAGGAAGGAGUAUGCAGUAUCAGUAAACAAGAUGUUGAAAAAAUCUCAGUACAAAGUGGAGCAUUUGUUCACCUGUGAACUGGAUGGGAGGGAUCUGAGGACCCUGGCCGACUGUGUGGAGCGGCUGAAGCUGCUGGAUGGGAUGGGCAGAGUGUGGGGUCAGAACAUGAUGCUGGUGGUGAACGGCGCCAGACUGAUUCUCACAGAUGUCGAAACCAAGGAGGAGCUGGAAUCAAUGGCUCUCAGCGACAUUGUGGAGUUUCAGGCUGUGCUGAACUCUGGGGUGUUUAAUUCACUUCUCACAGUCUCGGUCCAACCUGGAAAGAAACCUCCCACCAGUGUCUUCAUGUUCCAGUGUGAAGAAGUCAGGGCAGAUCUGGUUCAAAAGGAACUCUCAAAAGCACUUUCACGUAUAAAUGAGGAUCUGAGUAACGGCAAAGCAGGAUUUUUACCUGUUCCUGUGGGAAUGAAAAACCUCCGGAACUCCAUAAACUCUGAACCUGAACAGCAAAAACCUGCAGCAAAACCAGUGCCUCUAUGGACGUCUCCUGACUCUGAAGAAGACGAACCUGAACCUGAACUGGUCAUAGAGGACGAGGAGGACUCAACACCUCGACAGCAGACGCCACAGCCCUCCGUCACUCUUCCACCAAGACGGUACACGGAGCUGGACAGGAAUGUGGACAUUUUGAAUCAUAUUCUAGCAGAUAUUGAAAUAUUUAUUGGGAAAAUAGCUGCAGUAGUGGCUAAAAAUGCAAGCAAAAAGAAGAAAAAGAAAAAAGGAAAAGUCAUGGAUGGAAUGCCCUCCAGAGAAGAAUUUGCCACGUGUUACCACAAAAUUAAAUGUGCCUUCAACCUUCUGGGAGAGCUGAACGGAAAGAUCAAUAACCCCAGUGCUCCUGACUUUGUUCACUCCUUAUUCUCAACAUUAGCAUAUUUGGUAUCUCACAGCCCUGAAGACCUCCCUCAGACCAUCGUUGCUCCGCUGCUGACCCCUGUGUGUAUUCGUCUUAUGAGUGAGGAGGCGUCUUUGGAGGAGGACCAGCUGUGGCAGUCUCUGGGAGACACCUGGAACAUCCCCAGUACCCAGUGGCCCGAGGACGAUGAGGACAUCCCUACCUACACUCUGGAGUUUUUGGAUGGCUGGCAGCCCCCUGAGGUGUCUGCAAGCCCUGAACCCAUUGAACCUGUGAUCAGACAAGAGAAGAGGGAGCAGCAGCGUCAGAAAAAUACACCCACUCCGAUCCCAGCUAAGUGGACACCCCCACAUCCACCCCAGACACCCCGCUCAAAUGAGUCAAAACCACAACAAAUGUGCGUUAAGGCAGACUUCAUCGCAAGAAACCAAAGAGAACUCACCGUCACAAAAGGAGAAGUCGUGGAGGUGCUGGAUACGUCAAAGCAGUGGUGGAGAGUGAGGAACAGCAGAGGGGAGGAGGGCUUUGUACCCAAUAAUGUCCUGGAUGAGAACGCAGAGCAACCUGACGAGCCAUCUGAAGCCAACCCUGUCCUGACAAAGAAGUCCAAACCUGCAGAGGUGAAAGCCUGGCUCGAAGAACAGGGCUUCAGUAAAAUCACUGUGCGAUGUCUGAGCGUGCUCAGUGGAUCGAUGCUGCUGGGGAUGACCAGAGAGGAACUGAAGGCCAUCUGUCCAGAGGAAGGAGGCAAAGUCUUCUACCAGUUAAAAGCCAUCAAGUCUGCUUUAGCUGUAAGUGACUGACCACUGAACAUGUGACGUAUGUUUACU